AUGAGCAGACUCCGCUCAAACACACGGAACUCCAAUGACGUCGAAACUAUCGCUUCUUGGUCAGAGGAAGAACAACAAACACUCGACCAAAAUCUUUUGACAUAUCCCGCAGACAGCUAUUCUGAAUUUAAACGGUUGGCGCUGUUACUCACCAACUUACCAACCAAGAGAUUAAGAGACGUGUCGCUAAGACUUCAAUUCAUGAAAGCAUUUGACGAAAACAAGUCUCUUACCUGGGACGAUUUCAUUAAAAGUACAAUGUCACCAAGACCUAAAGGCGAAAAGUAUAGAAAAGACUCGCCCACACACUCUGGAAAGUGUUCACCAAGAACUCCACGCUCGUGUCGUGAACUGACAGACUCCCCUUUAGAAUCACCAAGAUACAAAAAACCACCAACGUUCAAGCAAAAAAUCAUCCCACCACCUCAACCAACCAUCCAACAAUGCGUGAAAGCUCCUCAAAAACUCAUUGACGACAACAACAAAAUUUUGGAUAAGUUGGACAGAUCUGUUGGUCAAAACAAAAAUUUUGAAUUCAAAGACUUUGUGAUGUUUUACUCGAACUGCACAGCCAUUCUGGACGCGACAAAAACUGUGGGACUUCCUGUUAUGACACAAUGUCCUAUUAGAAUAUCAGAGGCAGAUAUAGAAGCAAGAACAACACCACGGAGUGUGACUGGGUCAGUCUCAUUCCAGAUCGGACAUGUCCCACGACUCGUUAUGGCAAGCGGAAAGUUAUACAACACACAGCCCGUCCAGCAACAAGUGUACUACAUCGACCAACAACCAAACCAAUUACAAACAAUUCAACAGCCAAUACAGAAUACCCCCAUUAUCACAACCGUUUUAAGAAGAAACCAAGACAUGAUGUACGAAGGAAGUCAAACACAACCCGCCGAGCUCUCAACCCAACAGGGUCAGAUGUUCGAACAAAUUGAAGACUACCAACAAGACGGAGGAGAUUCGUUCAUUAAUGGGAGCUUUGGUGGAUAUGGGCUUACUGUGUCUUCACUCAAUUCGCACUGA